UUUGAAUUCUAAAUCACAUUAUCGCACCUAUUUAAGCUGCCUUCCGUUUUAUCUCUUUUAGCGAAGCCGAAGGCGUUUGCUAAUUAGCUACAUUUACCUUACGGUUUCUCCAAAGUUGACAUGAAACCCACAAGAGGCUCAAGGCGGCUUUCAUCAAAAGCCCCCAACGGGAAAAAGAAACCAGGAAAGACAUCAGGAUCUACAGCAGACCAAGGUCAGGUGCAAAAUAGACAUGACAGGAUCAACAAAUCAAAACCACUGCAGAAAAGGAAAGUGUCGAAGAUAAAGAAAGUUCCUGACAGCUGGAUACUGACCCCUCCAUCCACCAUUACCACCAUGGAGAACAUAUUGGACCUUUCCAUACUAGCAACCCUUGCUCAGAAGCAGACGGAGAAGAAAGAGAUCCAGGAUCAUCUGAACAUCAUUAAAAACAGGUUUUUAGCUCGUUGUGCAAAGCUUAAAGUUCCAGUGCAGAAAGGGGAAGAUUUAAAGUGUUCGUCUGUACGCCACCAGGAGGAGACCAAGAAAUCUGUGCUUGGAAAGAGGACACUAAAGGCUCUGGAGGAAAACCUGAAGGCUGUUCUUAGCCUGCUGGAAAAGACAGAGGAACAGGCUGUGUCUUUACAGCAGAGCUGCUCAAUACUGACGGAUGAGUUGGAGGAAGAAGAAGGGAAAGCUGCAGAGGUUUUACCAAAACGUGAUCGAGGUGUUUUAAAGCUUCCACCUCUUCAUCCCCAAAAAGAGGAAGCCAUAUUAGAGUCACGUUUAAGAAAAAUCAUACCAAAGAGUGAAUGUGAGCCCAUUGCUCGGAAACUUGGUGACGUCCUGCAAAAACCAGAGCCCACCCAUGAUGAGCAGCUUCUACUUCAACAGGCCCAGGAACAUGCUGGUCACCUCUUCCCUUCACUGAACAGACGCGGAUCUCAUUUGGAAAGAGUAUAAAUGCCUUUUUCUUGAAGAAUUUCUUCAUUCGUUUUUUUGAUUGGUUGUUUUUGUGGUUUCUGUGGUCGGACUGUAACUUGCUUUUGCUUUCAUAUAAAUUUGACAUCUUAAAAUGCUUUUAGCGUUGAUCUUUGAAAGCAAUUCAUAUUUUUCUUUUGUCUGUCAAGCCUUAUGCCACUAAUAUAUAUCACUGUAGUAUUAUAUCCCUAUUAUUUUACAGUUGUGUAAUUUCAGUUAAAGAUUUGCUGUUUUUGAAUUGUUAAUUUGUGAAUAAAUACAUAUAAACAGUCAAACAAA